UCUACAGAGACUAACAAAAACCUUCAUUUCAUUUCAUUUCAUUUUUCUACAGAACUAUUUUAUAAAUCCCCCUCUCCAGUCUCUUUCAUGUCGGUUCUUCUUCUAAUAACUUUGAACAUCAACAAAACACUCUUCUGACUGAAAGUCAGAUUUCUUCUCACAUUUUUCAGACAUCUUCAAUCAAAAAAUCUCAUUACUUUUUCUCUCUUUUCUUAGACAAUUCAGUCAGUGUAAAUUUCAUACCUCUAUACAAAACCCCCCUUUUUUGGGUUUCAACUCAACUGCAUAGAAACUUCGUAUCUUUUUUUCUUUUGUUUAAUAGAGAAUGUUUAAUAAUUGAGGAAAUUCUGGUUUUUCAGUUGAAGAGGUUGUGAGUCAAAUUUUAGGGUUCAUGUACUUUUUUGAUGUAGAGGAAAGUUGGGAGAAUUUGAUUGGUUUAGUGUAAAGAUUUGAUCUUUUUUUGGUUGGGGGUAGGAGGAAUCUGGUAUUACUCCAAUAAAGUUGGUUUCUUUUAAAGAAUUUUUGGCUGGGGAUCUGUUAUUACUACUGCUACUGCAAUGAAGGUUCAUAACAAUGGAAUCUCAGCUAAUUCUGGAGAAGGUGAAAGAAAGCUGAUCAAUUCGGAGUUAUGGCACGCUUGUGCUGGACCACUGGUGUCGUUGCCUCCGGUGGGGAGUCUUGUGGUUUAUUUUCCACAAGGUCAUAGUGAACAGGUUGCAGCUUCAAUGCAGAAGGAUACAGAUAGCAUCCCCGGAUAUCCCAGCCUGCCUUCGAAGUUGAUCUGUGUACUUCAUAAUGUCACUUUACACGCUGAUGCUGAAACGGAUGAGGUUUAUGCACAGAUGACUCUCCAACCUGUAAAUAAAUAUGAUAAAGAAGCAUUAUUGGCAUCUGAUAUGGGCCUCAAGCAAAGUAAGCAGCCAUCUGAGUUCUUUUGCAAAACCCUUACAGCUAGUGACACGAGUACUCACGGUGGAUUUUCUGUACCUCGCAGAGCGGCUGAAAAAAUCUUUCCUCCCCUAGAUUUCUCGAUGCAACCCCCAGCUCAAGAGUUAGUAGCCAGAGACUUGCACGAUGUGGCAUGGACAUUCAGGCAUAUCUAUCGCGGCCAACCAAAAAGACACUUGCUGACGACGGGUUGGAGUGUGUUUGUUAGCACAAAACGACUUUUCGCUGGCGAUUCAGUCCUUUUCAUAAGAGAUGAGAAAUCUCAGCUUCUUUUGGGUAUAAGACGUGCUAAUAGACAACAACCAGCACUCUCGUCAUCUGUAAUAUCAAGUGAUAGCAUGCAUAUAGGAAUUCUCGCUGCAGCUGCUCAUGCGGCUGCAAGCAAUAGUCCGUUUACUAUCUUUUACAACCCAAGGGCUAGUCCUUCAGAAUUUGUAGUUCCACUAGCCAAGUAUAAUAAAGCAAUGUACACCCAAGUUUCACUCGGAAUGAGAUUUAGAAUGAUGUUUGAGACGGAGGAGUCAGGGGUACGCAGAUACAUGGGCACGAUAACUGGUAUAAGUGAUUUGGAUCCAGUGAGAUGGAAGAGUUCGCAGUGGCGAAAUCUUCAGGUUGGGUGGGAUGAAUCUGCUGCUGGGGAGCGGCCAAGUCGAGUUUCCAUUUGGGAUAUUGAACCUGUUGCAACUCCUUUCUACAUAUGCCCACCCCCAUUUUUCAGACCAAAAUUUUCUAAUCAUCCAGAUCAUGAGUCCGACGUAGAGAAUGCUUUCAAGAGCGCAAUGCCAUGGCUUGGAGAUGAUCUAGGAGGUAUUAAAGAUCCUCAAAAUCCCAUGUUUCCUGGAUUGAGUCUAGUCCAGUGGAUGAGCAUGCAGCAGCAAAAUCCUCAGUUAUCAGCUUCUCAGUUCCCUUCGAUGAUUUCCUCUUCCCUGCACAAUAAUAACCUUACCACCGAUGAUCCAUCCAAGAUUUUGAAUUUCCAAUCUCACGUCUCAGGUGGACCCAGUGUCCACUACAAUCUUCCAAAGACGGACCAACAAACUGAACUCCUUCAGCAAUCAAGUCUCUUGUGGGCACAACAGCAGCAACAAAGGCAUCAGCAGCUCCAAAAUCUAGGUAUCAAUGCACAGCAGCAACAACAACUUCACCCACAACAACAACAGUUACUUCAGCAACAACAAAAACAACUACAGCAACAGCAGCAGCAACAACAACAACAACACCAACAGCAGCAGCAACAACAACAACAUCAGCAACAGCAACAGCACCACCAGCAGCAGCAACAACAGCAACAACAACAGUCACAAAUACAACAGAAGCAGCUACAGCAGCAGCAACAACUACAGAAUGAACAUCACCAACAACAGCUACUGAGGUCUGCUAGUAUUAGCAGUGGGUUGAGUACCCCAACUCAAAUUAUUGACCAAAAUUUGCAGAAACCUUUAAAUUAUUCUCAACUUCAGCAGCAACUACCAACAUCCAACCCACAAUCCCAACAAAACUUCCACAACGUCAACCAAAAUCCCCUUCUACUGCCAUCUUUACCACAAGAUGUACAGUUCCAGCGCCAAUUGGAACAGCAACAAAGUCUCUUGCAGAGGCAACAGCAGCAUAAUGCUCAUCUGCAGCCAUUGCCGAUGUCUCAACAUGAACUGCAGCUACAAUUGUUGCAGAAGUUGCAGCAACAACAACAGUUUCUCUCACAGGUUAGCCCACGUGUUCAGCCUCAGGUCUCACAGCAACAACAAAUCCAUCAACAAAGUCAGCAACUUCAGCAACAGCUUCCUUCUCAGCAGCCACAACUUGGGUCUGUUGCUAACUUCUCUCAACCUUUACAGAACCAACAACAACAUUUUCCCACAAACCAUCUACUGGGACAGCAAAAGCCAACUGCCCAAAUUAGAGCCCAUUCUGGUCUCACCGAUGGGGAUGCACCAUCAUGUUCAACCUCGCCGUCUACUAAUAACUGCCAAGUUUCUGGAUCAAGCUUCUUGAAUAGAAGCCAUCCUGGCUCAGGUACCUUACUGGAGGAUAUGGUAGCUCAACCUGCAAAUAGUUCGGUUCAAGAGCUUCAAAGCAAGUCUGAUGUUAGGAUCAAACAUGAACUUCCCAGUAUGAAAGAGCCAGAACAUUUAGGUUACAGAGGUGCCACUACAGACCCAGUGGAAGCAUCCUCAACUGCAACUUCAUAUUGUUUAGAUGGUGGUAGCCUUCCGACCAAUUUUUCUAUGCCUAACUAUUGUUUAGAUGGAGAUGUUCAAGUAGAUACUCCAAAUAAUCUUCUCUUUGGAGUGAACAUUGAUGGUUUGACCCCAGAAGCUUUAAUAUCGAGAAGGUUUGGUUCAGGGAAAGAUCUUCAUAAUUUGAUUUCUAGUUAUGGUGGUACAACACAGAGAGACAUCGAGACAGAGAUAUCAACUGCAGCAAUCAGUUCUCAGUCUUUUGGGGUAACUGAUAUGUCGUUCAAGCCUGUGUGUUCAGGUGAUGGUCCUGUUAACGACAAUGGGGUCUUAAAUAGGGGGUUGUGGGCUAAUCAAACACCUCAGCAGCGUAUGCGGACAUUCACAAAGGUUCAAAAGCGAGGAUCUGUUGGAAGGUCUAUAGACAUUACCAGAUAUAAGGAGUAUGAGGAACUUAGGUAUGACUUAGCUAGAAUGUUUGGAAUAGAAGGGCAGCUAGAAGAGUCACAACGGUCAGAGUGGAAACUCGUGUAUGUGGAUCACGAAAAUGACAUUUUACUUGUUGGUGACGACCCUUGGGAGGAGUUUGUGAGUUGUGUUCAGAGUAUCAAAAUACUAUCAUCUGCUGAAGUUCAACAGCUGAGUUUGGAUGGAGAUCUUGGAAGUGUGCCAGCUCCCACCCAAACCUGCAGUGGGUCUGGCAGUGGAAACGCAUGGAAGGGUCAGUACGAUGAACACUCAGCCGCUGCCUCCUUCGAAAGGUGAGAGUUAAUGAGUUCAGCAAGGGUUCAUUUUGCUGGAUUCGGAGUUGUGCAUCUGUUGACGUUUGUUGGGAUAUGACAGUUGUUGCCAAAAAAGUGGUUUCCAGAGAGGAUUUCCAUUUUGAAUAUACCUAUCAACCCUAAUGAACAACAGCACUUCGAAAUGGUAAUUAGAGUUUAAUGAGGUGUCAGGUAUCUGUAAAUUGCUGUAUUAGUGAUCUAAUUAUAGGUGAAAAAACUCGCAAAUUAAGUCGAGGUUUCCUUUUUUCAUUUUUAUUUUGUCAGUCUUUCGGUCAUAAUCUUAGAAGAUGUUUAGGAGAGUUCACUUCGUUUAAAGAAGAACGAGAGGAAAGAUACAGAGAUAUGCUUCCCAUACUAUGCUGUAAUCUAAUGUAUAUUGGGAUGUAUAAUACAAAAUUGUUGUACUCAUAACACCCUGAAAAAUUUGAAAUUAUAUGUGAUAAUGAUAUAUUUUUCUCGGCAAA